AUGGCCAACAUGACAAUUGAUUCUUUUUUCAAGAAAAGACAUCUAGAACCAAGUGGAAGUGGUGAAACUCCUUGUCCUCUUCGUGAUUCUUCUCCUAAGCAUCAAACAAAGAAAUUUUGUAGAGCUGAAUCAUUAGAGUUUGAUAUUUCAUUCAUAGAACAUGAUCCUGGAAAGCGAAAAUCCAUUUGGGAAUAUCUAGAGCUUCAAAGGGAUGAGGUUGCAAAAAAUCGGUUGCAACUUCAAGUUUCCAUAGAUGCUGCAAAAUGGUGUGCAUUUCAAGCGGUGGCUUUUAGGGGUCAUGAUGAAAGUUUAGAUUCUAACAAUCGAGCAUUGGUAGCAACAUCUCAAGAGGUAGUUCCUGUGGAACAAUUCUUUACAUACUUAUCUCUUCUUAUAAAUUUAAUUUCAUCUUCUUGCAAACGUGUGGACCAACUUAGAGUUGCUAGAGCUGCUAGAAUUGUUGAAUUGAUUGCUAUUGAUGAACUUGAGACUGAAUAUGAGGACAUUUGCUCUGUCCUAAUUGAUGUUAUCAAUUAUGGAAAUACAUCAACUCAAAGAAGUGAAGCUGACAGAGUUUACGAUUUCAUAACAUCCUUUGAUUUUGUUCUUGUUAUGCAUAUGAUGAGGGACAUUUUUGGAUUUGCACAAGUACUUUCUCAAGCUUUACAAUGCAAAUCUCAAGAUAUUUUGAAUGCCCUUAAAUUGGUUUCAGUAACAAAGGAUCGACUUCAAUGUUACAGAGAUAAUGGAUGGAAUGAAUUGUUCACCAAUGUAAAGACAUUUUGUGAUGCACGAAAUAUAGAGAUGCCUGAUAUGAAUGUCAUUUAUAAAGCAAGUCGAGGAAGAAUUCGAAAACAAAAUGAUCCAAUUACCAUGUAG